GAGGGAGAGGGUGGGCGGCUGUGGGUGCGUGGUGGUAUCUGUAGCAUGUCUCUGAUCUCCAAUCCGUCUCCCGCCCUCCUCGUCCCUCGUCCCUCGUCACUACCUCUGUGCGUAUAUCUGCCGUGCGAACCCCCCUCCUUUCUCUCCCUCUCUCUGCUCCCCUCCCACCGUCCAUCAUCUCUGUAGCUUCCAACUCCUCCACACUUGCUCAUCGUGCCACCAUACUCAUCACCGACCAAUCUCCCAGUUCUCGUCUCUCUUCUCACCAACUGUCCAGACCAUCCUACGUCUCCUCAUCCCAACCACAAGCAAACCUAUACUUCUAGCCUGGUCGGCACUUGCACCACUUACACCACCCACCUUCAUCGGAGCUCCCCCAACCACCACCACCACCACCCAGCCGUCACCAUGUCGCGCAUCACCGCCCCCGUCGCAAAGCUCACCCGCUCCCUCAACUCGGCCGCCACGGCCAGCCGCUCCAGCGGCCUCCUCGAGUCCCAUUACAAUGUCAACAAGGGCGCCGUCCUGAUGCCCAAGUACGCCGAGCUCCUCAAGAACCGGAGCCCCCGCGAGCACGAUUCCGCCCGCACCCUCACAACAACCCACCGCCCGACCCCGCAACCUACGCGCGCCUCCCCCUCCCACCGCCAGAUGCAGACCUUCGCCGCCUCUUCGGCGCCCUCCGCCGGCGGCCCCGUCGCCUCCAUGGACUUCACCACCCUGCCCAUGUCCUACGAGCCCCUCCCCGCCGCCAACGAGUUCGCCGGCAUGCGCAUGCCCCUCCUCCCGGACGCCUUCACCACGAAACACCGCUCCCUCUACGAGCAGUCCCCCGCCGACGAGGUCCUCCCCUCCUCCAGGCCCGAGAUCUCCAUCGUCGCCGCGCACCCGGAGAACGUCACCGCCGCCGCCCUCACCGAGGUCGAGGCCUUCGGCGUCGACGGCGUCGAGCUCAAGUGGGCCCACGAGAGCGAGCUCGCCGCCGAGGAGGCCCAGCCCGGCUUGAGAGACCUGUGGAAGGGCCUCGUUGACGACGUCAUGGGUUCGCAGCAGCAAAAGGCCGCCUUCUAGACGGCGACGAGGGGGGGG